AUGGUCGACGAUAGAGGCGGCCGGCUGCUUGCCGCAACUUGGUCGUUGGUAGGCGCAAGCGCUAUACUGCUAUUUCUGAGAAUAUACUGCAAGAUAUGGCGUGGUAGGGGACUUUGGUGGGACGAUCACUUGCUCAUUGGCUCUUGGGCUGCAUUGGCGAUAUCCGUUUCCAUCAACUCUUACAUCGUGUCACUGGGAUUUGGUCGCCAUAUAUGGACCAUCAGCGACGAAAACCGAAAAGAGAUCAACCUCUUCACGAUCCUUGUGGCAACCUUCGGAAUCAUCGCGACGACAACGAGCAAAUCGUCCUUCGCCCUCACGCUGUACCGAAUCGUAACCAACAACUGGACAAAGUACUUUUUGAUUUUCGUCAUCGUGUCGAUCAACAUCUCGAUGAACCUAAUCUGGAUAUUUGGGUUCGCCAAAUGCACACCCCUGGAGAAGGUCUGGGAUGGCAGUGUCUCCGGAACAUGCUGGGAUAAGACCAAGUUGGUUCGAUACCAGCUCUUUGCAGCAUAUUAUUCAGCCGUCCUCGACUUUGUGCUGGCCUUUCUGCCCUGGCCGAUCCUGAUGAGGGCAACCAUGAGACGUCGUGAGAGACUCGGUGUUGCCAUCGCCAUGAGCUUGGGUGCUAUCGCCGGAGCUUGCGGAAUCGUAAAAGCUGUUCUAGUCGUCUCAAUGACUAGCACGGAUAUCACAUACGAUCGUGUCGACCUCACUAUCUGGACCUUGACUGAACCUGCCGCCUCCAUCAUGGCUGUCUCAAUUCCUGUCCUGAGAAUGCUGUACCGCGAGCUGAAGUCCGCCUCGAGAAGUUACGGACGGAGUAGGUCACAGACGAAUGCACUCGAAACGGCAAAGACGGCGAGGACGAAGCGAUACGGACAGGGAACACAUUACGGAAGGAACUCGGUCGUUGUCAUGUCGACAACAGGAUGGCAAGAAUCACAAGAAGCCUUGCAAGAUGUGGAAAGCGGUCAGACUACGCCGCGAGGCAUUAUGAAAACAGAAGAAGUCAGGGUACGGCACGAGAGGAUGCCACCUGCAGGCGACAGCAAGAGCUCCAUAGAGCUUGAUACUUUUCGGUAG